AUGCAGACUACCGCUGCGACGGAGGCCGCGACAGUGACCGUAGUGAUUAAAGGCGUGGAUCCUCCUAAACAUGUGACUAUGACGUACCCCGGGGAUGUCCCUAUAAUCGCUACCGCUCAUCCCCUACUGGACGCGAUAGCCUCUAGAAUUCUGGCCGAGACACCAGACACCAUACACUGCAAAGGUCUUCUCCCUAAUUUAGUAGGACCCAUCUUGAUUCUAUACUUACACUCACAAGAUCACAGCUGCACACGUGCUUUCCCUGGUGACAAACAUAUUUGCCAAUCCAUCUGUGAUGGACUACACUAGAGCUACCACGCCGACGUGGAGGUUAGAAAAACUAAGGCUUGAACAAGGGGAACUGAUCCUAAAACCAGUGGCGGGGAUUAACUUAUUGGAGUUAAUAAAGUAUCGCUGCGCUGAACUGUG